CAUGGGGACGCGCCGCUGAGUCUCCGCAGCGCCCGGGGCCGGGGGGGCCGGGGAGCCGGGGGGCCGGGGGGCCGGGUCCCCGCGCUCCGCUGGGCCCACUCGCCUCCGGCGCGGCCCUUGCCUCGGGCCCAGCCAGCCCGGGCUGGCCGCGAUCGCCACCCGCCGGGGCGAUGGCCGAGGACGAGGCGCUGCCGUCGGCCGAGCAGUACCGGGCGGAGAUCGAACGCCUGACCCGGGAGCUGAGCGAGACGACGCACGAGAAGAUCCAGGCGGCCGAGUACGGGCUGGCGGUGCUGGAGGAGAAGCUGGCGCUCAAGCAGCACUACGACGAGCUGGAGGCCGGCUACGACGCGCUCAAGCAGGAGCUGGAGCAUCUCAAGGAGGCCUUCGGCCAAUCCUUCUCCGUGCAUCGCAAAGUUGCUGAGGAUGGCGAGACCCGGGAGGAGACACUGCUGCAGGAGUCAGCAUCCAAGGAGGCCUAUUACCUGGCUAAGAUCCUGGACAUGCAGGCCGAGCUGAAGCAGAGCCGCGCUGUGGUCACCAACGUUCAGGCAGAGAACGAGCGGCUGUCAGCCCUCGUGCAGGACCUGAAGGAGAACAAUGAGAUGGUGGAGCUGCAGAGAAUCCGGAUGAAGGAGGAGAUCCGAGAGUACAAGUUCCGGGAAGCCCGCCUGCUGCAGGACUACACGGAGCUAGAGGAGGAGAACAUCACACUGCAGAAGCUCGUGUCAACUCUGAAGCAGAACCAGGUGGAGUAUGAAGGUUUGAAGCACGAGAUCAAGAGGUCUGAGGAGGAGACGGUGCUGCUCAACAGCCAGCUGGAGGAUGCCCUGCGGCUGAAGGAGAUUGCGGAGCACCAGCUGGAGGAGGCCCUGGAGACACUGAAAAAUGAGCGGGAGCACAAGAACAGCCUGCGGAAGGAACUGUCUCAAUAUGUGAGCCUCGGUGAUAACCACAUCAGCCUGGCAGUGGACGGGCUUAAGUUUGCGGACGAGGUCGGGGAGCCCAACAAUGAUGAUAAGAUGAAUGGGCAUCUGCACGGGCCCCUGAAACUGAAUGGAGACUUCCGGACCCCCUCCCUGAGGAAGGGGGAGUCUUUGCACCCCGUUUCUGACUUGUUCAGUGAGCUGAACAUUUCUGAGAUCCAGAAACUGAAGCAGCAGCUUAUGCAGGUGGAGCGGGAAAAGGCCAUCCUUCUGGCCAACCUGCAGGAGUCGCAGACACAGCUAGAGCAUACCAAGGGGGCUCUGACUGAGCAGCACGAGUGGGUUCACCGGCUCACUGAGCAUGUCAACGCCAUGAGGAGCCUGAGGAGCGGCAAGGAGCUCAAGGCUGAGCUGGACGGGGAGAAGGGCCGGGAGCCAAGAGAGGAAGCCCAUGACUAUGACGUGGACAUCAAUGGCUUAGAGAUCCUCGAGUGCAAGUACAGGGUGGCUGUCACGGAGGUCAUCGACCUAAAGGCUGAAGUCAAGGCCUUGAAGGAGAAGUACAACCAGUCUGUGGAGAACUUCACCGAGGAGAAGACCAAGUACGAGAGCAGGAUGCAGAGGUACGACGAGCAGGUGAGCAGCUUGGAGAAAGCCGCCAGGGAGAGCAACGAGAGGGCUGACCGCAUGGAGCAGGAGCUGCAGAAGGUGAGCGGCCUGGCCAGUGAAAGCCACAGCACCCUGAGCACAGCCCAGGACGAGCUGGUGACAUUUAGCGAGGAGCUAGCCCAGCUCUACCACCACGUGUGCCUGUGCAACAACGAGACCCCCAAUAGGGUCAUGCUCGACUAUUACCGCCAGAGCAGGGCCACCCGCAGCGGCAGCCUGAGGGGGCCUGACGACCCCAGGGCAAUGCUCUCCCCACGCCUGGCCCGGCGGGCCGCAGCCUCCCCUGCCGACACACCAACCUCAGCCGAAGUGGCUCCCAAAGAGAACACAGAGGCCAGCAAGGAGCCCAGCCCCACCAAGACCCCCACCAUCUCCCCUGUAAUCACGGCCCCGCCCUCUUCGCCCGUCCUGGACACCAGUGACAUCCGCAAAGAGCCCAUGAACAUCCAUAACCUCAACGCCAUCAUCCGGGACCAGAUUAAGCACCUGCAGAAGGCAGUGGACCGCUCACUGCAGUUGUCCCGGCAGAGAGCGGCCGCUCGGGAGCUGGCGCCCGUGAUCGACAAGGACAAAGAGGCCCUGAUGGAGGAGAUCCUCAAGCUCAAGUCCCUGCUGAGCACCAAGCGCGAGCAGAUCGCCACACUGAGGGCUGUGCUGAAAGCCAACAAACAGACAGCGGAGGUGGCCCUUGCUAACCUCAAGAACAAAUACGAGAAUGAGAAAGCAAUGGUGACGGAGACCAUGACGAAACUUCGGAAUGAACUGAAGGCUCUGAAGGAAGAUGCUGCCACCUUCUCCUCACUGAGAGCCAUGUUUGCAACAAGAUGUGAUGAAUACGUGACUCAGUUGGACGAGAUGCAGAGACAGUUGGCAGCUGCCGAGGAUGAGAAGAAGACUCUGAACACUUUGUUACGAAUGGCAAUUCAGCAAAAGCUAGCCCUCACGCAGCGGCUGGAGGACUUAGAAUUUGACCACGAGCAGUCCUGGCGCAGCAAAGGCAAAGCAGGGAAGAGCAAGCUCGGCAGCCCUAAAGUAAGUGGGGAGGCGCCUGCGCCCCAGCCCGCCAUAGACACGUUUCUCCUGCAUAGGCAGGGUCCGCACAGCGCCGGCACGAGGGCCGGCAGUGGCUCCCACAGGAAAAGACAAUUUUCACCUUCCCUUUGUGAUCAGAGCCGUGCCAGGACCGCAGGGGCCUCCUACCUACCGAGCUUAUUAAGAGUGCCCCCUGCCCCCACGUCCACAGCCUCAAUGCUCCCGAGGGGGCCCCCUCCCAGGAGUGAGCUCCUCCAAGGGCGUCGGCUCAGCACGGAAAAAAGGUUAACCGUGGCACCACCAGAUUGUCAGCAGCCUGCUGCCCCCGUACCGCCACAGUGCACACAACUAGCCGGGAGUCCAGCCUGCCCGCCCGACAGUGCUGACUCUGCACGCCGCGAGGAGCAGCCCUGGUCCAGACCACCGUGUACCACGUCCCGCUGUCUCCAAGCCUUCUCUUCCUUAGCAUCACCUCCGCCAUCACCUCAGGCCUCGGUGACUUCAUUGACACUGCCCACGAGCCGGCGGGCAAUCCUUCUUGCUCUGAGACAGCAGUCAGCCGAGUCCUCCCACAGGAUGACUGAGUUCCCAGCAAGAGACGGGGCCCAGACCCCCAAGUGAUGGGACCUCCUCAUGGUGGCAAACCCAGUGGCUCCUUGGUGGCCUUUAACUACCCAUGUGUCCUGACCCGGUCCUUUUAGCUCUGGAUGGGGAGUCCAUGCUCUGUUGUUGACACCUUUAUUCUUGAUUUCUGCCCGCUGUGUUGGAAGCUGAACUGCUUGUUUCUGUUCAAGAACGUGAGUUUGGGUUCCUCCUGGGUGCUGGCACUGGCCAGACUGUGAUCGUUUUUCUUGCACAAAAUGAUGAAGCCGUGAACGGUGCCACCGGGCAUGUUCCCACUAGCUCAUUUUGCUACCACACUGACAAUGUUCUGUGUUUGCUGUCUGCUCCAUGGUUCAUUCAUUGUCUAUGGGUUCUUGUCCUGAGAGUUCCCGCUGGGCAUUGUCUGGUCAGCCUGAGGGAACUGCAAGACUUCUGGGUGGUUCCAGAUUGUUCCUCACCGCAGACGGAUGCACUGGUGCUGGCCCUGUAUGCGUGCGUGCGAGUGUGUGUGAGAAACAUUAAAGGAAUAAGUCAACUGUG